UUUAAUUCAUGUCCCUGGUGUUUUUGUGUCACUGAGAAUCACUUGAUUCUUUUUAUUAGUGGCGAUGGCACUGACAACAGUUUUGAUGAUGACUGGAAUCAUGUGCCUUGUCAGGGACCAUCUUCCUCUGGGAGGCUCACAAUCAGGAUCCCUAAUAAUCAUAGCCGUCAGUGUUUGAUAUGCCAGCGUCCAGGGGGGGCAACUUUAACCCCCUCCGUACCAUUCCGCAGAGAUAACUUCAGCAACUUCCUCAGCUUCAUGGGCCACCUUGCCUACCAGUGUGACCUGGUGCUCGGCGACUCGGGGCUGAUGUCUUACCUGCAGAGUGAGUUCUACGACCUGGCCAUCCUGGACGCCUUCAACCCCUGCUCGUUCCUGGUCGCCCACCGCCUGGGCGUCCCCUACGUGGCCUUCUACCCGGGGGCACUGAGCGGACCCCUGUCCGUCGGACUCCCUGGUCCCCUCUCUUACGUCCCCGUCUUCAACUCGGAGCUGUCCGACAGCAUGGGCCUCUGGGGCCGCGCCAAGAACCUUCUGUUGGCCCUGCUCGCUCCGGCGGCGGAGGAGCUGGUCUUAUCCAAAUUCCGGGAGGUGGGCGAGAGGCAUUUCCAGACCCCUCCUGCCCUAUCAGAUCUGUACACCGGAGCAGAGCUGUGGGCCUUCAACACGGACUUCUCUUUGGAGUUCCCCCAGCCUCUCAUGCCUCACACGCUGUGUGUCGGAGGGCUGCUGUCCAAACCGGCCAAGGCCGUAUCCCAGGAGCUGGAGGAGUUCAUCUCCGGCUGCGGCGAGCCAGGCUUCGUGGUGGUCACCCUGGGCUCCAUGAUGUCCUCCGUGCCCCUGGAGGAGCUACUGGUCGAGAUGAACGCAGGCUUCGCCCGGAUCUCCCAGGGGGUCGUCUGGAGGUACCACCCCAAGCGCUGGCCCUCCCACUUGCAGCCUGCGUCCAACGUCAAACUGCUGGAGUGGCUACCCCAGAACGACCUGCUAGGGCACCCUAAGGCCCGACUUCUGGUGACUCAUGGGGGUCAGAACAGCGUCCUCCAGGCAGUGUAUCACGGAGUCCCAGUUCUGGGCAUACCUCUGUUUGGGGAUCAGUUUGAUAACCUGGUCCGUGUGGAGGCUAAAGGAAUGGGGCUGGCCAUCAAACCCAGGGACCUCAACAGAAACACCCUGAGUUCCACCAUCCAGAGGCUCACUGGGAAUAGCAGGUUCAAGAAGUCCGCGGUGCAUCGCAGCCGGAUCCACCGGUCCCAGCCACUGCCUCCGGGACCCAGGCUGGUGCGGUGGGUCGAGCAUGUGCUCCACUGCGGAGGCGGGGUCCACCUCCGGCCCGCCUCCCUCCGGCAGCCCUGGUACCAGCGAUGCCUGCUGGACGUGGCUCUCAUCCUGGUCCUGGUGCCCCUGGGAGUUGUCAGCCUGCUGUGUCUGGGGUGUCCUCGGUUCAGGAGCCGGGGGCGGGAACGUAAAGUCAAACUCCGGUGACAGAGACCCAGGGCCAAUCAGCGGAGGGACCUCUGGUUUGUACGACCCUGAACAAUUGAAUGGUGCAAAUUGGUGUAGCAGUGAUUCUGUGUGUUAUUUAGAUUAAUAAAUGUAUUUGUGAUGA